CGAAGCGCUUGCAGAUUCCAGGGCACUGCUGCUUUUACAGACCUGCAGAAAUGUUGUUAUUCAGAGCACUUAAGACUCAGCAACUAUUUUAGUAGCAGCACGUGUGGGAGGCAUAGGCUGUGUUCGAUUAUGUAAUAGUUACUAAAGGAAUUCAACUUUCAAUAUUAUCUGUCACUUGUGUAUUUUUUUAAUAAUUAUAUAAUUGUUUUGAUGAGCAAAACCUAAUACCUGAAAAACCAUGUGCACGUUUCUUGCAGCUAAGACAUCAUCUCACGCAUCUCUUCUAAUUAUCAAUGUUGCUGGUUCACUUUACACCACGUUGGGAAAUUGGUCUCAUAAAAGGCUCCAUAAGUGAGAAUUUACCAAAGGACAGUAAAGGCAGCACCGCCAUCAUUCUUUUCUACGGGAUUCAAGAAGUUACAAAACAUGACAGCGUCUGUAGUGGUACGAAGGUUAGCAGCUCUAUCAGGAGCCUCGGCGGUAGGAGCAGGAGCGUAUGGAGCUCAUGGUUUCAAAAACAAAGAUCCCGACGACUACCAGAGAGUGCUCUAUGAAACUGCCAACAAGUACCACUUCUACCACAGCCUGGCCCUGUUGGGCGCUGCCCAUUCUGGCAAACCUGUUGUGGCUGGAGCCCUCCUGAUCGCUGGCAUGGGCAUGUUCUGUGGCUCUCUGUACCACCAGGCUCUGACAGGGGACCCUAGCCUAAGCAAAGUGGCUCCCAUGGGGGGUGUAUCAAUGAUUGCUGGCUGGCUGGCUAUGAUUCUCUGAACUGUGACAGCUCACAUCUUCUCCACAGGGCCACCGUGUGACACCAAACUGUCAGACUUUUAAUGGAUGAACUAUAGAGCUUGUAGGGGUUUGCUGAAGGGUAGUGCUGAGUUAUGUCGCCCAUGCAACAUGCAGCCGGCCUUUGGGAUGUGGAUGUCAGCAGGGGAUAAGGUCACAACAGGAUUAUCACUUUUCUGCCAUUGCUGUCUGUUUCUGACAGGUGCCCUUUGAUCUUUCAGCUAAACUGGAUGGGAAAAUGCAUUUUCUUACCUCUGCAGGUUGUUGGAUAAUUAUUUUAAAUUGCAUGUCUGUUAUGGCCUGCAGAGGAAAUCCACAAGUUGGAAAACCAGUAUACUAUUACAGGGGAUACAGAUGUUUGUAUAAUUCUGAAACGUGUGCCCUGAAAUAAGCAUGUAUCUGUUACUUAAAUCAAGAUAAAUUCUAGAAGAAAAGCAGCCUUGGUAUUAUAAUUUGAAAAAGAAAAAACACAACUGAACUACCAAUCCUUUGUCAGCACAAUGCACCAUUCUCCAGUUUUGUAUAAUUGGACCAUUGACUACAUGUGAAUAAUUAUGACUGCUAACGAGAAACAUUGACUGGGAUAGCUGGAAAUUAAUUGAAAAUUCUUUACUAAUCAAUAAGGUUUAAUAGCUCUGUUCGUGAUCUUCAAUGUAUUUCCUCUGAAUGCAAAUGCGAGGCUUGCGAACAGCCGGACAUGAAAAAUGUUACAUUAAUGGCCUCAUUAGUCUAUUUAUGCGAAGUCAUUCGGUCAUUCACUUUUCUGGCUGAAGUCUGAGUAAAGCAGAAAUUAAUCUACAUUCUCAGUUUGCCCCAUCCCAUAUUAACCACCUGGCCAAACAUGAAUGAUUCAAACAAUCACCAUGUGAAUCAAAUAAGGUCUCCAUAUCGCAUGAGAAUGAGCAGCCCCCUCUGCUCUUAAAGGCCGGGGGCAUGUUUGGACGACCCCUGGACUGACCGGUUUCAGAUCAGUUCUAAUGAACCGCACACAUUUAGGAUUCCUGUUGGCCAGGUUCCAUAGGGGCUUUGUUGUAAAGAUUAGCAGUGCAGUGCCGGCACACUGGUGGGAAAGGCGUACGCUAAGUUGGUGUUUGCUUUCAAAUGAUUGUAGGUGCCUCAGGCAAAAGCAAGGCGGAUGUUUGCCAUCCUCAGCUUAUCACUGCGGAACUGCAGAAAAAAUGACCACCAUGCAUGGUGGACCAGUAAUUUCUGAAAUUGUAGGGGUGGAGCACUUGAAACCCUGCACUGCAUGAUAUUCAUACAGUCUCACAGCAUAGAAAUGGAAAGGUUAAUACUUCACCAUGCUCUCAGCUGCCUCUCUGCUGCCAGUUGUGCACAGGUGCUGCAUCUCAGCUACCCACUUCACCACAUGUAUCUACCUUUUCUUGUUCUCAUUACUUCCUGGUGGUUAUACAGACAGCUCAAGCUCUACAAAUUCUGACAUGUGGGUUGGACACGUUCCCAUGGCGAAGGCCCAGGAGUUGGCCUACUGUCGCUAGUUUCUUCUGUGAAUCCAGUGCAUUUGCUAUAGGCCUGUUUAUGACAUCUCAUUGUUCUGGCAAAGCCUUCUAAGGCCACUUUUACUGAAAGGCGUAAUUUGUUUAAGAUUCACGUAAAGGAUCUGAUUGCUUAUUAAGUCCCUGCCCUACAUGAGACGGACAAAAGAGUUUGCACUGUAGACCACCUGAUUGUCUGCCGUCUUUAUGCAGAUUUUAAUCAAGAUCAAAGUCUUACUGAUAUAGUAGAGACAAUAACUGUUGAUUAUUGCUAGAGGUGAAUGGGAAUACUCCAUAGCAGCUGAACCCAUAUGCUUCCUCAUUUAUGGCAGCUGAAGGAAAUCUCC